UCCGCAGACCCGCAUAAACACAAAGGCUCUUUUCAGAGCCACCCACCUACAAUGGAGAGUCAAAGUCCGGUUACAGCUGAGAAUCAGCUCAGGUUCCUCUGGAGCUCAGACAUUAGUAUUAGUCUCCAGUAAAUGACCAUGAAUCUGAUCGAUCAUGAGACUUAAUCACAUUAAUGAAUGUUUAAUUAAUAUCAGAUUGUUGGUUUAAUCUGAUUCAAUCUGAGACUUAAAGUUACAACUAAAUACAUGGACAAAUUGUGUCUGAUACAUUUUGUCUACUUCUGGUCCUUUUGAUUCAAAUUAUAAAUCAGGUAAAAUUUAGUAUCAAACAACCUGAAGAGAAGCCAUGUCCCCUCGGCCGCCCCCUGGUGUUUGGCUGCAGUAUAGGUCAUACACCAUGUUAGCAGAUGGAACAUUGACCUGUCACCUAACCACUGCAGCUAAUGACCUAUAUGAGUGGCUAUGUGAAAACACUCACCUCAGUCGCCCCCUGGUGUCUGUCUGCAGUAAUGGUCAUUGAUUGCAGUGUCUGUCUUUUGAAUCUUCUAGACGCAUUUAUCUUUAAAGAUUUUCAUGUCCGUGAUCCAAUUUACUACUUCUAUUACAAACAGUUUUCCUCUGUUUACAUAAAAAAACUAUAAAAAGGUUUCUAUUUGAAAUAAUGUAAUUCAGCAUCUUGUCAGGUGCUUUUGUUUUGAAGAACUUUUAACCGGAAGUUCAUAGACUAACUGGCUCCAACUUGAAAAGGGGAAUGACACAUGAUUGGGCGUGUUGGUGCAGACUGUUCUCCUACACGUCCGCAACCCAGAAAUAAGUAGGGACGUUCUUCGCUUGCAGAGCAUUAUCUUUCUGCUCUCGAGAUGUCAGGUCGCGGUAAAGGAGGAAAGGGUCUCGGCAAAGGCGGCGCCAAGCGCCACCGGAAGGUUCUGCGUGAUAACAUCCAGGGAAUCACCAAACCCGCCAUUCGCCGUCUGGCUCGCCGCGGCGGAGUGAAGCGUAUCUCCGGGCUGAUCUACGAGGAGACCCGCGGGGUGCUGAAGGUGUUUCUGGAGAACGUGAUCCGUGACGCCGUCACCUACACCGAGCACGCGAAGAGGAAGACGGUGACCGCCAUGGACGUGGUGUACGCCCUGAAGCGCCAGGGCCGCACCCUGUACGGCUUCGGAGGCUGAACACACCAGAUGUGACGACA